AGAUGGCGCAAAAAUCAUUACCCCGUUUUGACCGCCUAGUUUCCCUACCCUGGGCUUCAAGUUGCAUCAUGGGAUUAUACAGUUAUUACUAGCACACUCUGCCGACAGAGUUGAGAACAAAUACGAUAUAGCAUGACCAAACAUGAUCGAUUCCUCAAUCAAAUCGGAACGUCUCAACCUGUGAUCGAUUGAUUGAAGUGGUAAUCGACAAUGGAUGGGGGCAGAAGGGAAUUUUGACUUCAAAAUACUUUAAGGACACCUUCACACAUCGCCACGGCGGCGCGCUUCUAAUCAAGCGGCAGGUCUCUUCCGCCGCCGCUAGCUAUGCUCACCUCGGUCGCACCGCCGCCCGCCGUUGAACGGGGUGGGUUUCGCAGACCUUCCGGCGACGACGAACCAAGGAACCGCAGCAGGUAAAACGCCGCGACCAGCGGCGCACUGUGGGAAUACCAUCAUUUGAAGCUGUUCAGCACUUCGCGUAGCGAGAGUCCACCGCCGAACGCCGCAGGUCUGUCUCGCAAACGUCUCCAUUGCUCGGGUAACGAGCCGCGGUGUUCGGGAGCGUGCAGCGGUGGUGGCAUGAGAAGAGAAGGGGCUCAAAUGUGUUUGAACAGAAGGGAGGUGCACAGGCUGUUAACCGAAGGCUACUUUGCCGUUAAUAAGCCCAAAAACUGGACUUCUGUUCAAGCGCUUGAAGAGAUAAAGAAAGUCUUACGAAAAGAUAUACCCACACAUUUUCAGCCACCUGUUCUGAAAUUAGGUCAUGGAGGGACAUUGGAUCACACUGCUACAGGCGUCUUAGCUGUAGGUGUUGGAUGGGGCUGUAAAUUACUUCCUAUAUUUCUGCAUGGCGACAAGAAGUACAUAGCCACUGGUCGUUUUGGGAUUGCAACAACUACUUAUAAUGAAACUGGUAAAAUUACAGAGGAAAUGAAAUAUGAUCAUAUUACAGAAGAGAUGUUUGAAAACACUCUUCAAAAAUACACGGGAAAAAUUUAUCAAACUCCUCCAAAAUAUUCUGCCUUAAAAUAUCAAGGGAGAAGAAUUGGUGAUUGGACUAGCAACAGUGAUAGAGAGGCAGAUGAUGUGAAUUGCCAAGAGGUGUGGUCCGAAGUGUCGCUGGUCCCUAACUACCAAUGAGAAGGAAUGGACAUUGAAAUGAAACCUCGACCUGUCACUUGCUACAGUUUAAAGAGCAGAAAAUUUCAUCUUCCUCAUUUUGAAAUAGAAGUCGCUUGUGGAGGUGGUUUCUAUGUCCGAAGUCUUGUACAUGACAUUGGACAAGCACUUUCUAGUUGUGCUCAUGUUACAACUCUGCAUCGAACUAAACAUGGACCGUUCAUGGAAGAAGACAUGUUGGAGCACUCUCAAUGGAAUGGACAUAACAUAAUAAGAGCAAUAUAUGAAGCAAAAAUAAAAUACUAUGAACUACUUAAAAAAUCAAAAGCAAAGCACCUUCUGAAUUCGUUGUAAAAAAAAAAAAAAGCAUUUCCAAGAGCAAGAACGUUUCUAUAUGAUUCAUAUUGUACAAGGUGUCUAAUUUUUAAAUACUUGUAUGUUAAAAAAAGUGUUCUUUGAAUGGUGCCAUACAAAUUGACAAAUCCUUUGCUGAAAUAUUUGUGACAUUAAGAUGAGAUUAUGUAGAAAAUAUGCCCAAUUAACAGCCACAGAGACAUAGCAAGUUGUGGAAAAAUUUUGGAACAAUCUUGUCGAUCAACGGCAACAACACAUUUGGGAACUUGGAACAACAGUAUUAAAAAAAAAGAAAGGUGAUUGAAUAAUCACUCUCCUCUAAUUCACAGCAUUCUUUCAAACAUUAAGUACAAUGCCCAAGAGGAUUAUUUCGAAUCAGGAAUAUUUAUUAUUAUUAUUAUUAUUAUUAUUAUUAUUAUUUACAAAUUGGGAUUCCAAUGUGAUAGCCCAGAAAUGUGUGAUAUUUUUUGUUUUAUUUUCUCCUUUAAAAAGUUUAUACAAAGUGUUUUUAUCAUAUUUUUGUGACCUGUUGUGAUGUGCAACAUGUUGACUUGACCAAUAAAUGAUGGAUAUUUGAGAGAGAAGUUUAAUUUUUUGAAAAAUGUCUUAUGCACUUGCAUAGAAUGUCCACCAUGAAAAUAUUGAAAGUAAAUAUUUUAAGGACAAAUAUUCGAGCUUACAAUAUGAAGACUAAGACCAGAAUACUUUGUUUUUCAAAGUUGGGGCCAAUGAAGCUUGUGGUUUAUAUUCACAUAUUUUGAUGUUUCUUUUUCAAUAUAAUAAUUUUAAGUAGUGUAAAGCCGAAUUUGUCAGUUUCAAAAUUGUUAAGAAAGGCAUGGCUGUUUAUAACACUUUUAAAUAAAGCUUUUUGGUAUGUUUUU